AUGGCGGCGGCUGCGUUGGACAAGCGGAGCGGCGGAGUUUGUGUGUUUUUACUUUCUUUUGUUUUAAUUUUGUGUCAAACCUUGGUCCACGGAGCAGAGCCGUACAAGAGACAGCUGUCUGUGCAGUUAUAUCCAAACUAUAACUCGACGCCCCCUGGUGGCGACCUGCUGCACGUGAGAGCCGUGGGAGAUAACGACACGCUGCACUUCCUGUUCUGCAGCCAGGGGGCGCCAACGCUGCUCAUCGUCCACACCAACACGUCCUCAUCCACCAUGAAGGUCUGGCCGCAGGUAAACUGGCCGGAGUUUUGGGCUCGUAACACCAGUGGCAGCCUGACUGUGGAGCCACAGAGCAGCGUCCUGUACAGCAGCGCCAUCGUCCUCAGCAGGGUCAGGAACGCCUCCUCGCGCCCGCUCUUGGAGUACGAUGACGUAAACGACACGGCCGAGCCGACCUCAGGCUUUUUUCCUCCGUACGAGCUGAAGGACUUCCACUGGCUCCCCCUCAGCCUGAGGAGUCCCACGGCUCUGCUGUGCGGGGCCGACCCCGCCUUUGGGAACGGAUCGCUCUGCCUGGAGUUGUCAGUGUUUGACUCGGAGGGGCGUGUCCAGACUUUGCCCCGCCUCCUCCAUUCUGCCAACUCCUCCCAGCUGGAUGUGUGGCUUGAUGGCAUCUUGCCGCGGUCCUCUAACUCCCGCUUCCUGCUGGAGCUGCAGUCGGUGGGCGGGGCUUACCCUCUGAGCAGAGUGGACAUUCGGCAGUCCAUCGACGACGAGUUCACGCCUUCGAUAUUUAAAGUGUCUCAGUGGGUUUCAUCAGUGAACGGCAGCUCGGACGUCCUGGGUUUUGUCCAGUGGAAGCCGGUGGCGUACCGCCACACCCAACCUGUUCUGGAGGACGCCACGCCGUGCCGUCACUCUGACCCACAGGCGCAGAGCGGGGAGGCGGCUGCCGCUUCGUCCGGACUCAUCCGAGCCUUCUACUCGAAUCCAGAAGUCAUGGGGCUGAACAUGAGCUUUGGCCUCGCCGGGGAGCCGUUCUACAACAGCUCCAGGUUCCUCAGCUGGACCGUUCUGGUGGGUGUCGGCUCUCCUCCCGUCGACUCCUUCUCUCCUAUGGUGAUCACCAUCAUGGCGGUGGGUCUGGGGACCCCCAUGGUCCUCCUGCUGUUGGGCGGAGUCUGCGUCUGCCUCCACAAAAAGAGGGCGGCAACAGCAGCCACCUACGAGCCAAUCAACUGA